AACGAUUCUGUAGCCCCCCCAAUGUAGCCAUAAAUUUUAUUAAUUUUAUUAAUUUAUAUAGUAAAAUAUGUCCACUAGUUAAUAUUGUGCAGUGAAGCGAAUGUUUGCAAAGGAGAUUAAUAAGAGGAUAACCUCGAAAUAACGAAAAUGGCGACGAAAUUACCAAAAACUGCGUUGAGUCUCAAACAGUUCAUGAUACGACAAGAAGUACUUAAAUUAUACCGAGAAAUAUUUAGAACAAUAAGGAAAGUGCCUGAUAAAACAACUCAGCAAGAACUCAAGGAAUGGGCUCGAUCAGACUUUAAAAAUAAUAAACAUAAUACAGACGAACAUGCCAUCAAAUCAAUGUUGCAUAUUGGGAAAAAAUCUUUGAAGGACUUACAAAAAUCCUUAGCACUGAGUGAAAGCUAGCUUUAGAUAAUGUUGGUAUUUCUAUUUUUUGGUAAUAGUGUAAAUAAAUUAUUUUAGAUUA